UUAUAGCAGAGAAGAAGAAAAAGGUCAACAUUCCAAGAUGGCACCGCGCUGUGUGCUUGGGUACAUAUGGAUCUCUCUUUCUGGGUUUAAAUGUGUUGCCAGCUGCAGCAAUAUGAGUGCCUUUCAGAGGAAAACAAGUUGCCCUCAGCUCUCGGUUUUUGGAAAUAUUCAAAGCAGAGGAAUUCGACACAAGGGAACAACUGAGGAUACCCCAAGUGGACCACAGCCACCCAAUGCCACAGCCCAGUGCCCCAUCUAUCGAUGGAACCUGCAGAACAAAUACAACUACACAGUAAGUGUUUCAGUGAUACCUGACUGCAUACUUACUGCCUCUCGACUGUUCUGCCAGAAUAACAGAGAUGUCCUGUUGCUCAGUCAGUUCAUCAGGUCUGAUGGAGGAAUGCUGCCUCGUAGAGUCACUGGUCUCUGUGCCCAGGAGCACCGCAAGAUCGCCAUCUGUGUGCAGAUGGCUCACAGAGCAGGUCUGCUCCCAGAUCACAAACCAACACUACCAGAGGGACACAUCCCAAAGAAGCCCAAGCCACAGCUCAACAGAUAUCUGACUCGCUGGUCCAUUGAUUCAGUGAAGCCCAUCUAUAGGACGGGGCUGAAGUGGUGUAAAAACCGCAACUCUGUCGGCCACCCAGCUCUCGGAAACAACGUACAGUACGGCAAGAAAAUCCUCUACCUGAAACAUUGAUGACCUGGGGGCAUGUCAACUCAUAGCAGCAGGAGUCAGUGUGGGCGGGACAGAGAUGGGGUACAACAGUUCUAUUGGACGUCCUUCCUUAUAGUACUCCUGGCCCAUUUGGAGCUCCAUUGACUUCGAGAACUAGCCAUUGGAAAAGCUGGGGGAGCAUCUGUAUUUGUCCAGCCUUUUUAUCUAUUGGUGGACAUUGCCCAUUAGAAACCCAUUCUGUCAUUUGACCUUUUUGAAGAUGCCCUGAAACAAAACUAUUAAACUCCACAUUUAGGGGCUCUAUUCAAUCCGCAUCGCGGCAGUUCAGCUUUACAGCGUGAUUGAUAUUUUAAAGGCAAUGUUCCAGCUUUACCAGAGACUGCAUUCACGGUAACCACUGCAUAUGUCAGCUCAAUCGGGCAUUACCUUUACAUUUCUAUUGCGGAAUCUGUAACGCUUCAGCAAUACAGAUUGACUAGAGCCCUUGCUGUAAGAUCAAUUGGGUCAGUGUUACACUGUUUUGAUGUAGGUGGGAUGUUGUACUUCAAGACAACCCAGAUGUGCAAAUAAAUCGGAUUUGCUUUUUCUCCCUC